AUGUUGAAAAACGACGCAGCUUAUAAAAUUGCUAAGAGAGCCAAGAAAGCCACUGAAGAAGAGGCAAACAAGGAAUCAAACAAAAAGGUUAUCAAGAAAAUGCCAACGAAUGCAGAGGAGAUAGCCUUGAAGAAAAAAAAACAAAAAGCACGCAAACAACGUAGCCGCUCUAUAACAAAGUCUCAGAUGAUGAAGAAGAGCGCAAAGACUGCACAUGCGAAAGCCAUCAAGUACAUCAAUGAGCUGGAGAAACGGAAUAGGCAAGCUGUAACCCAGCCUAAUGCUUCGCUGAACGACAACACUAAACAACUUGUCCAUGCAAACGGAGCAUUUCAUUUUGACGAUGACAGCAUCGACCAUGGCUUCGACUACAUAGAGCCUUCUAACCAGCGUUAUGGUUUCACAACCAUUUUCAGACAAAAAAAACAAAGGAGAAUUAGAAAAGACUUUUGGGCUCAAGAAAGUGUCUCGCUCAAGAAGUGGUAUCUUGAAUCUCACGAGAUUCAUGGCCAUGCUGACCCUACCCUCAAAGUCCCAAAUCAAUUGAAAAGCACAUAUCAAUGCGACUGCAGCAAUAAGAAAACAUUGGAGGUAUAUUGUUAUAUGCUACACAACCAUCAAAAAAUCAAAGUUGAUUAUUGUAUGCAUCAACCAAUCCUAAAGAAAUUGGUAUUGAUGCAAAUGUUGCCAAGCAGCACAAUUCAACCAAAAGCUGCGGUCCAUUUCGCCGUCUUUGAAAAACUGAUGAGCUUGAAGCUACAUGGAAGCAUUUCAAAUUAUGCAUUCGUGAAGACGCAGAAUGUUGAUAAUCUCUUGUUGAGUAACUAUGGUGAAAACGACUUUAAAAAUUUGAAUAACGGCUUGUUCAACACACUACAAGUAAUAUAUCGAAAUUUGAAGAGCCAUGCCUUGGAUGAUUUACGACUGGUCAACCACUCUUUGUACUGUCAUGCGUGUUUUGAUGGUGAUACCGUUGGAGUUGUAAUGGAUGGCAACUUCCAAUUAAAAAGAAAGAUGAACAAGCGAAACCGAAAUGAUGUAGAUCUCUAUCCUAGUAUCUUUUCAACAAGCUACGACAUUGCACAGCUGUGGGAAGUCGAAGGUGAAGUUGAAAAGUUUGCUAAUGAAAAAGAUGAUGCGAAAGAAGAGCUGUGUGGUCUUGAAGAACUAGACAACAUCAACAACCCUACGUUCAAAGCUGGCUCAGAGAAAAAUCGAAAGGUGAGUAACCGUUUUGACGAAGAAGGAGUUUUUUCUAUGAAUUGUGCAAGACAUGGCGUGCCUAUUCGAUUAUACGAUAUUUAUAAUGGCGAAGGGCGUAAGUACGCACUUGCGGCUAUCAGUCAUCUUAUGAGUUUAUUGGGUAACUCUCAGAAACUACUAAUUAUGUAUGACAUUAUUUGCUUGUGUAAGGGCAAAUUAGAGUCGUGUAUACCAGGGCUAAAGGAGAGGGCUCCUUUAUAUCUCGUGACAGUGUUCCACGCCUAUGCCCAUAGCAUGCAUUGUCAAGUCCAACACCAUCCACGAGUUGUCAAUGGCAGUGGCAAUACCGAUGGCGAAGGUGUAGAGUGCUUCUGGAGCACAGCAAAUCGCUUCAUUUCCAUGAUCAGACAGAUGAGCAAAUUCAACCGCAAAUCAUUGUUAACAGAUGUCGUAUAUCAUUUUAGACAGAACAAAAUGUUGGAAAUUCCGGGACAAAUCUUAAAAAAGUACACCAAUGCAAUGAAGAAGGUGAGCGAGCUCAACAUUACAAAUGAGAAAUUUUUUGCACUGGAAGAACAGUGGAGUGAGCAUGUAGAGAUCGUGAUGAUUCCAGCAACUCCUGCCGGUGUGCAAAUCCUUAUAGAUAAGGCAGAACAAGAAACCCAUGUCAGUAGGUAUUCUUACUACCUAAAAUUAACCGUUGAAUAUUUGCUGUUGAAUGACUUGAGAGAUGAAAGUGGAAGAAAAAUUGAAAUCACUACCAAGAAAGAUAUCAAUAGAAACAAUUUUUUGGUCGAUCAAAUCAAGCAAUUACAAUCUGUGUAUGGGUAUGCGAUGAUCAACAGCCUAGAUGAUCCAGCCUUGCAAGAACAUCGAGAACGGAUCAUUGAAGUUCGAUACAAUGUAAUGAAUACAUUUGUAAAACACCUCUUGUUUGCAAUUCUGAUGAAAGAGCACAAGAUAUCUCAACCUGGCUCAUUUGGCACUGCAAAGGCGGCCAGAGUUAUUUUGUCGCUUGAAAUAUUGAAGAAGAAAGCAGAGGCGAUCAUUUCGAUGAUCAACAAAUUUGUAGAAACCUCAUACAGUACGCAGGCAGAGAUCGACAGAAGAAAGAAGAAGACAGUCGGAAAAGAAGUGGAACGGAUCAGACUGUAUGCUGCCGAAAAUGGUCUGGAUUUGCCCACCCCUUUGAACAACUGGCAUAUAUUGAAAAGAAACGUCGAAGAAAUUUCUAUUUUGAUAGGUGAAGCAAAGAGGGUUCUUGGCAACUACGAAAGUGAGUUGUCAUCGUUGAGGGGAAAACAGAACAAUCAUUUUGUCAGAAUGAGAGUUCUGGACGUUGCUCGCCGUCAACGCAGUGCCAAGUCACUGUUGAAAAAUAUUUCAAGAUCCAAACCUCCGGUAUUGCUUGCAAGCAGAGAUGCCUCUGACUUGCUAAACAAUGUCGUUAUUUUUCCUGAGGUGGAUCUUAGCGAUGACGGGAAUGAAAUUUUCGACAACAUUGAGGAUGAUGUGGUUGACGCCGGUGAUCCAAACGAUGCAGAUCCUGGUGAAGGCGGUGAGCCAAACCCAGAAGACGAAAUUCUACUCACAUUUCAAGACAUUGAGGAAGGAUCAUAA